UAUAACGAGCUCCUGCUGGCACUGCUUGUAUGCUGUAUAGUUUCAUAAUGUUCGUAAAAAUUUAAAACAUAAAAUAAGUAAUGCAGGUAAAAUGCCGCAAUGCGUCGGACGUUUUAAAUUACUCUCAAUAUUUUUACAUACCUGUUUAAUUUAAUUAUCGAAUCUAGUCAUCAAAUUAAUGAUACUUUAUAAUCCGAGGAGGUCUUGUAGUGCACAGUUGACUAAGUUAUUUCUUUACCAUGGCGAUUCAAAAUAAAGUACUUUACGCAUUUCGCGGCUGGAUAGCUUUCGUGGCUUUUAUGGACCUAGGGACAGCUGGCCGAUCAUACAUAGAAAAAAGGUCCUUUUUAAGCCAUAAUGGUGAAAAUGAUCCCUUGGAUGGUACAAUAUCAAGAAUGUUGGGAAUGUUUUCUGUGUUGAAAGCUUUGGCAUUGAUACAUUGCACAUUGUACAUACAUUAUAGACCAGUGGUUUCCAUGGGUUACUGGUCGCUGGUGCUGAAUAUCGUGCUUUAUUUCUCUGAAGCUUUCUACUUUCACUCAACUACUCUCAACUUUUACGUGGUCUUCCCUUGUAUUUUGAAUAUACUUACGCUCCUUGGGUUAAUCUACCUGCCAUCAAAAAUAAAACUUUGGGGCACCAUCCCCGGUACAUCAGGGAUGGAGAGGGACCUAGACGAUGAAAAUGUGCAAAUACUUCGACAGAUGGGCAAUUUCCGAAGAAGAAAAGGAAACCCAGUAAAAAAUAAGCAUGUUUGAUUGACAGGUAUAACUAGGAUUAAGCUGAUAUUGGGCGUUAAGUACGCCGUAAGUAAAUCUAAAGCAAGCUUUAUGUCCAAUAUACACUAUUAGUAUCUCUCUAUCUCUUGUCUCGCUUUAACAGUAUUUAAGUAAAAAUGACCACCCCGCAGUAAUGAUUAGGUCGUUUCUAGUCAAUAUUUACAAUUUAGUAAAUUAAGAUUAAUUGUUUUUGUACAAAAUGUUCUUCACGAUUAAAAACUCGGACUUGUCGUCUAAAGAAUUUUGUUUAUAAAAUAAACACUAUUCAAGUGUAUACUGAAUACUUGAUGACUGUAUUGUUUCCGUAUUUCACUGGUAAUGAGUACGACAUGCGGCGCCGCUUAUGUAACUUUCAAGCUGCUGCGACCUUGGCUUAUAUAAUACAUGCAAUCUUUUUCCCUAACCAUUAUAUACCCAAAUCUUACCAUAAGGCUUGAAAGUUUUUGAAUUAAUAGAACAUUGUCUUUUGAUGCACAAAGUUGUAGUGCAAGGCACUUUCCUAUUUUCACCUUUGCCUUAUAAGACUUGUUUAAUGUGAUUAGCUCAUUACUGGAAUGAUUCGCCGUCGGAUUUGCACACUACCACAUUUUUUUGGGUAGUAUUUAAAAAUUUCAUUUAGUAGGUGUUUGCAAUGAAGUGUGCGCAGUAGCUUGGAAUUGAGUGUUCGCAGUAGCGCCAUGACCAAUUGUAUUUUAUCAUUUUAAUUGUAUCUUUUGAGAAACAUUGAAAUACCUUCCCUCAUACAUUUUUUUAAUUGUAAACUACCUACCUAAAAGAUUAUUAAGUAGGUGAUCAAAUAUGGUUGAAUAUGAUAAUACACAAUAAUGCGGGUGUUAUUAACAGUGUCAUCACACUUAUGGCUUCCCUCUUGCCACCUUUCUAUACAUAACCGCAAAGCGCAUUUUUUCCCGAUUAGAUUUUCUUUAUUUUAUCUUAAUUUUGAAUGUAGAUGACGCUUGAAAGCAAAAAAUGUUUCUUACCUUGUUGUUUUGUUUAGUUUAUUCCAUAAUACCUGUAAUGCCUUAGAAUUAGAAUAUUUUAAAUCAUAAUGACGUAUCACCUGGAGGUUGGGACAGAGUUAAUUUGUUUGGUAGAUUAAGCAGAUAACGUGGCACAGAUAGACAUACCAUGUGUAUUUUAAUAAAAUAAAAAGACCACUACACCACUCACUUCAAAUGUAUUUUAGUUUAAGGCAAAGCACAGUAGACUAUGUUUUAGCACUUAAAUAAUUUCUUAGUAUUAGAAAGUUUAAUGUAUAAAACCGCCAACAUUUAACUACUUGAUUCUUCGCCAAUAAACCAAAAACUAAUUUUCUAUGCGUAGACAAAUACAAUUUUUACAAAAUGGAAUAAUUUGUACAAAUCUGUGCCAAUGCAAUAUAUUAAAUGUUAUUUAUAAUGUAGGUCUACCGCCUAAGACCACGCCCUCCAUAGUUAUUAUAUUUGCAUGGGGUCAAAUGUUUACAAAUUAUCUGUUUAUACUUUGUUAACAUUAAACUUUUUAAUUUGAACAGGUUUAAAUAUUCCUAAUACACUUUCUUCACUUUUGC